GAAAUGAGAUUACAAAAUUUCAUUAUAAUGCUAUGGACUUAACCCAAUUACACGAGAAUACUGUAGACUUAACCCAAUCAGACCAAAAUUCUACUAAGCAUCUACAUACAAUAAUUGAAAACAACACAAAUGAUCAACACACUAAUGAAAAAGAUCAAAAUAAUCCAGAUGAUAUAGAUGCAUCUAGAAGCUUAGACACACCCUGA